AUGUUUUCCACCAAGUCGGUCAACUCGCUCAAGAACCUCUUCGCCUCCUACCACGAACCCCUCCCCCUGUCCAAACAGCAGUCUCAGAAACUACUCGACGGUCUCAAGACAUCCUUUCGAAAACAGCUCGACCGCGAGUAUGGAGAAUCCUCCGAAAGCCCACCGCCUGCCACGAAACAUGCCGAUCCGCCUAAGCCUAUCCGAUUAUCCGCUACGAACCGGCAUUUGAAGGAUAUCCUCGCGAAUCCCCUCUUCAGCUAUAACAAGGAUGUCACAUCAACAUUCCCCACGAAAAUAUCUACGUCAGCGCUGGUCGCUCCGCAACGCGAUCCCAUGGAGGUUUUCGAUCAUGCCGUGGCUAGAGGAUUGAUGACACCGAAGGCCGCCAUUGGUUGUAUGAUUGCCAAGUCAAAGCAGCUACAAGCACAGGAGCCUGGCCUCGGAGGUCUUGCCUCGGCAGGAACAGCAGCGCGUAUUGUGCGAUGGCUCAAAUCAUGCGGCGCAGAACAAGAUCUUCGAUUCCUGGACAACCAGACUUUUGUUCGAACAUUGGCUCCAUUCUUGGUUGCUGAGGGCAUGGAGGAAGUAGCUUGGGAGUGGUUAUCGCGGACAAUCUACGAUCCUUCUAGCAAGUUGUCCAAGGAGAAGCGCCUGAAGAGGGCAUCUCAUCUUCUUGGUGAGCUUGUCCGGACAAAAUGCCAACCCCAGUACGGCAACCUCGAUUCGGGCAUUUCCACCAUGCUGCAAGCGCAGGAAAUGUUCAGAGCCAGUCCUCUGCUCUCGGAACUAUUGGUCUCCUCGUGGAGAUCGGUCUCGUGGUUCUCCACAGUCGAGGCCUACAGCCGUCCCGCGCCAUCCGAGGAGCUCUUUGACGCCCACAUCGCAACGGCUGAUCGUCUACCGCAGCCAUUCCUCAUGGAGCGAGCUCACCUUCACCUCUAUCACCCAACACAUCCCGACCACGUACCAGCGCUCCAGUUCUUCAAGGACAAGGAAAGACUACGGAGACUGGUGCAUGCUGUUGGGCCUAAGAAGUCGAGACCUGAGAAGUUGAGCGUCGUCUCCUGGCUUGCGUUCCUUGGACAUGACACCGUCAAUCAUCUGACUCAGUCGGGCAGAACUCAAGAGGCGCAGGGAGUAACGGAGUUGUUGCAGGCGGAGGUUGCGAACCUAUUCAACGACAAGUUGGAGCCAGCUUGA